AUUACGCCCUCAAAUUUACCAAAAAAUUAACUGCACUCUUGAAAAAUAAAUUGUACCGUAAAUAUAUAUUUAAUAUAUGUAUUAUUUAAAUAUAGAAUAAAAUGUUGCCGAUAUUGCCUCGAAGGUGAUUUUUUUUUACGUGAAAUUCUCCGGCGGAAUUACAAUUUCCGGAAAAAAUUGGUAAAAUCGGCAGUAUAAUUCAGCAUUUUACUGUGUGCGCAUUGAUUUACCAAGUUCUUACUUUGCCAAAAAAUAAAACUCUAUAGGAGCGACUUCCAUGCCGAAAAUCACGAUGGUAAAAUUCUGCGCACUAUGUUAAUUUCUAAAAUAAAAAAAAAUUUGAGUUGUUUCCCUUUCGCUGUGUAAACAGUAUGACGUCACCGUAGUGACAAACGCAGACGAAUGAUCGGGGUGACCGAGUUUAAUUUGGAGAAAUCCAAGACUGCCACUUUUGUUUAUAGGUAAGUUUAAAUCCAUACAAUUGUACAGUGUCAAACUGCCAUGAAAAAAGAACUAAACCUGUCCCUCUUCUUCAUUUGCAUGUAGAGACGACUUGAACACAAAAUGCACACAAUUAAAAUCGUCUUCUGGUACUGUAACACUAUGUAAGCGAUUUCACUAUUUUUUAGUAAUCCACCUACAUUGUGUAAUUAAUACACUCAUUAAAUAGAACAUUUUAUUCAGUAUGGUUACAUAUACAUGCAUUUUUAAUGGUCAAUUUGAAGGUUACAGAUGUAUAUCGAUAUGCACUCGUACAGUACUGGUACGCCAGUAGCAGUUUAGGGUAGGCCUAUAACAAUAAUGGACAAUUUUCGUCGUCAGUUGUGAAUUUGUGCACUUGAUCACAGUUUAUCAAUGGACGUUUGGUCAUAUUUUUUAUAAUUUGUUCAUUAUGAGAGGUAUGUAGCGCAUUUCACACAUGCACCGUGUGUCUCCCUAUAAACAAUUGGAAAGUACCUGUUACUAUAAAUAGAUUUACUUGGCGUAUUGAAUUUAGCAUGUUUAGGUAGCCAACUUUAUAAAAUAGAUUUGUGGAACUACUUUUAUACGAACUUUGGUAUGUGAUGAAAAAUAUACUCAUGUUAAUGUCCAAUAGAUAAUUUGUUAUUAAGGUUACAAGUUAUUUUACAGCUUUAAACUGUUAAAACUAGAAUUACAUGUAUAUCUGGAUAUAUUUGCUAAAGAUAUUAUGUCAUAUCUGUACGUGUGUAUACCGGUACGUAGCUGUUAGAACACUUGAUACAAAUUAUUUUUUUAUAGCUAUAUGUAUUAACGAAUGAAAAGACAAAAUAUUAUGAAGUUUUAAUAUUGUAUUGUCUAUGAUGUCCCAUAUUUAGUCAUGUACAUUAAUUGUGUGAGCAUUUUAACAGGUGAAUGUAUAUAGUGUUAAUGUAUGAGACACUUCAAAAAAUAUAUUUUAACUUAAAUUUGCUUUAAUCUUGGCCCCUGGUAGGUUAGGCGAUUAAAGGAAAGUUUGACAAUGAUGAAAAAUUACAUAGAAAAUGAAAAAAAAAACUAAUUAACUGUUUAUUUGGUUCAUUAUAUUUAUGAAUUAUAAAGGGCAAUAUUGGGUAUUGUAGAUUCAAGUUUAUUCAAUACAUGACCAUGGCCUAAGAAAGAUAUGACUGCCACAACAACUAGAGUACAAUAGUUUCACCUAGGCAUGGGAAAAGAACUCUUUAAGCAUAUGAGGAAAAGAGAAUAUCCUUGUGUUUGCUGUAAGAAACGAACAAACCAGAGAGAUCGACGUACUGUGACAGCUGCACAACGACUAGUUCUCCAGAAGUGGACUGUAGGCGAUGUGUCUGAGGAUGAGGUGUUGUGUAGUUUGUGUCGGGUGAAGGUACAUUCUCAUCUUAAGCGGAGGAAAAAUGAACAACAAAACUUGGAGCAUGAGUUAAGAGACACAGCUCCCUUCUCUCCUCCAGAGAGGAAGCAAAUUAAUGCUAGGAAUGCUGCCAUUCACAGUCCUCCAUCAGUAACCCUGACAGUGCCCUCCACAUCUUCCAGUCAUUCUAGCUGCUUCAUCUGCUGAAAACCUGGGCCAAAGUUGGUUGUGGUGUCAUCAAAUGAACGUCACUCUGUUUUUUUUACAACAAGGAGUAUUGAUUCCGCCAGGUUCAAGAUGCUGCACACGUCAUCUCCCCAAUGGAAGAUUCACUGAAGAGGCACUAGAAAAAAUUUCUUCAUUUUCAGAAACAUCUACACUUAACAGGACAUCUAUUGUUGAUAUGCUUAUGUAUCUAAGGGACAUUGCUCUGCUAAAUGGAGGGAAAAGAAUAGACUUUGAUGAUCCAAAUGCAUUGAGUGACCAAGAGUAUGUCAACCUCACUGGAAUAAAUAAAGUCUCCUUUGAUGAUCUGCUAUCAGCUGUAGAUGGAAAGGUAAAGAACACAUCCACUCGCAGUGUUAGAACCAGCCUUGGAAUUUUUCUUCUUAAGAUGAGAUGUGGUCUGUCCAAUGAAAUGCUGUCAACACUAUUAAAUGUUUCAAAGUCAAGCAUUCGUCGCGCCAUCUCGGUAGUGAGGAGAACACUGAUGGAGACAUUUGUACCAAACAAUGUUGGGUUUCAGCACAUCUCCAGAGAGGAUGUUAUAAAUAAGCAUACCAGGCCAUUAGCAGAGUCUCUUUUUGGUGGUACUGGCACCCAAGCCAUUCUUGUUUUAGACGGCACAUACAUUUAUAUACAAAAAAGUAUGAACUUUGCCUUUCAAAGGAAAUCAUAUAGCAUGCAUAAGGGUCGUCCAUUGGUGAAGCCAAUGAUUGUUGUAACAACUAGUGGCUAUUACCUCUCUGUUCUUGGACCAUAUGUAGCGAAGAACAAUGAUGCUGCAAUCUUGAGCCACAUCAUGAAGACUAACAAAGAAGAUGUGUUGAAGUGGAUUGAAGAGAGAGAUGUGUUUGUUGUAGACAGAGGCUUUCGGGAUUCCUUGACAUUACUUGAAGACCUUGGAUUAGUAUCUGCCAUGCCUGCAUUUAUGAAGAAAGGUGAAAAGCAAAUGUCAACAGCAGAUGCAAAUACAAGCCGUUUAGUAACCAAGAUACGCUGGGUGGUAGAAUCUGCUAAUGCGAGGAUAAAGAGGUGGAAGUUUUUUGACCGCGUCCUUCCUUCGUCCCAGGUGCCAUUCAUUAGUGACUUCAUCAAGAUUGUGUGUGGAAUAUCAAACAAGUACUUUCCACCUUUGUCAACUGGUUGCACUGAGGAAGACUCUCUUGUAGCAGCUAAGAUGCAGUACCUGUCCAGACAAAUCAAUCAACUAAAAGAGGAAGUAGAAGAAAGGAAACUGGAUACCCGCUCAGCGAUCUGGAAACACCCUGACGAGCUUCAGGAUUUUCCUCGUCUUGAUGAAGAUCAACUUCGAGAGUUGACCUGUGGCACAUAUCAAGUGAAGCUUGCUAGUAGUUACGCAGAGGAACACUUUGGGAAUGGAUGUGAUAUCAUGGUUCAUAAAGAAGACCCGUCCUUGAUAAGAGUCAGGAUUAGGAGCCGGCAUAUUUCCUCAAAGUCUUACUUUCUUUGGAUACGAUAUGAUGAGGGAAGCGUGAUUGGAUGGUAUUGUAGAUGUCGUGCUGGGGCAAGAGUAGUUGGUAUGUGUGCCCACAUUGCCGCAGUUUUAUGGUAUAUUGGUUUAGGACGUGACAUGGAGUCCUUAAGAUCUGUAAGGGACUGGAGCAAGUUCAUUGAUGAUGCAGCUGUUAUUCCAGAUGCAAUUGAUGAGUCAGAAUCAGAGGAUGAUUCCUCAGAGUGCUUGAAUGAACAAUAGACUGCCUGUUCUUCAUAGAUAUAAAUGUGUACCAUACAUGUAUAUACAUGCUACCUGCAUUGCCAAUUGCCUCAAUUUUUAUUAUGAUCUAUUCAGUUAUUGUUAUAAUAUUCUGCAGUCUAUUUUGUUGAAGUAGACUGAAUUAAUAUUAACCUUAAUUCAUUUAGGGAAGCGGAUUUACAUGAAAACUUUUGUGUGAGUUUAAUGUUGGAUGCAUGCAGAAAUAAUCUGCCCCAGAUGUAAACAACAGUUUUUUUUCAAGUAAAUUAGCUAGUGUGGUUUUAUGUCAAAGGCGGAAAUUGGCCAACCAUAUGUAUAGAUAUGCUAUAAGUUUAAUCAAUGUCAAUUAAUUUUUUUUGUGUAAUUCAUGUACUUAAAAUAUCUGAUGCAGUUACCCAGUACAUGUAUUUAAAUUGGAAUUGCACUAAUUAUGGUAUUACUCUUGAAAGUAAACUGUUUAAUUACCAAAUUAAUUUUGUUAACAUUCUGACAGUUUGUUAUUGUCAUUUUUCAUAGAGGUAUGAUUUUUUGUUCAAUUAAUGUUGUGUGUGUUACAGAGAAAAAAAUUGUAGUAGUAUAAACUUUCUUUGUAGUUUUUCUUUAAACACGCACAUUUCAACUAAAUAAUUUAUUUGUACAGUGAUAAUUUUCUUGAUACACUGUAUCUUGUUUAAGCCUCAGUUUUAUGCAUAAAAUAAUUAUUUCAUCCCCCAAGGUUGUUUCCUCAUAGUAGUUUUGCUAGACAGUCAAGAAAUCGAAUAUUAUGAAUUUAUUUAGACUUUUUAAAAUUCAACAAGACAGCUUUUUUGUAAGCAUGUUAAUUAAAUUAUUUUACAAUUGGUUAGAAAUUACAAAUGAUUUGAUCAUCUUUAUUGAAUAUGUUUUUGGGGAGAUGAGGCAUGUUUAAUUUAUCUUUGCUAUCACCAUGAUCACACAUUUUGUAGUGAUAUGUGCCAGUUUACUCAGAAUUGUACCUUAAAAGGUACAUUGGAUAUGUUACAAGCGCUGAGAAAAUUAAACACUUCAUAGGGCCUAGCCUUUCAUUUUCAUUCCACACUUUGUUGGAAAUAUUUAAAGGAUAAUCACUUUUAGAUUUCAUGGAUUAUUUUGUUAUAUUACAUUGUUGACUUCAGAGCAACAUAUACAUGUAGACCGACUGUUUGUCCAUUUGUCUAUCAAACCUCAUAUCUUGACCAGAGGUACAAAUUUCAUAUUUAUUUGGCUCAUGUAUCACAUUGAAAAAAAGACUGUAUACAGUAUAUAUAAAUUAAACUUUAAAAUGCUUUUUGGCAUAGGUACUGGUUUUUCUUUUGAGCAUGUUCAAAAUAACAUAUAGGCAUGUAAAUAUAUUGUCUAUCUGAUCUUGAUUUGGGCUUAUUUGAAAAAAAAAAGUACUUAAAAUCAUUGAUAUAUAUCAAGAAUUUUGUGAAGUUUGACUUGCAUGUAACUAGUAUUUUAGUAAGAAUGUUUCUCAAAUGUUUUAAUGACUUGAACCAAACAUGCGCCAUAAGUUCCAAAGCUUUCUGUUGGCAGUUGAACAUCCAUCAACCACAAGAAAACUUCUGUUAUUCUCGACGGAAAAAAACCCAAAAGAAGUUCUGUGAUUAAAUAAAAAAGUCAUUUAAUUGUGCUUUAACAAAGAUUUCAUUUAUAGCUGUAUUUUUCUAAAAACAGAAUCAAUAUAAUAUGGAAUAAUGUUUUUUGAUUGUGAGUCUUGAAAAUUGUUAAAUCUAACUUGUUUAAAUAUUAAUAAAAAUAAUCCCAACAAACUGUUGUUGACUUGAUAGAAAAGAUUUGAUGGAGGUCUGUGUUGUUUUGAUUCUUUUGUUAGUUCUGGAUACUUAUCCCGACUUUUUGGCUGAUAAGUCUUUAAAUUUAAAUUGCUGAAAUAAAAAAAUUAAACUGUGAACUGUUAAUUUGGAAACAAAAUGAAUCUAUUUCAAAUUAAGUAUGGAUUAAUAUAACAUUCCACCUUCUUAAAUUGUCCAGGUCCUAAAGAUAUGUGACGUCAUGACGUUGCAAAUAUGCGACGUAACGAUAGCAUAACCAUGCUAUAUUCAACAACCUGGUGUGGGGUGAUUAAAUGUCUGACUAAAUUUAUUUUGAUAAAUUCUUAUUCUACACGUUCUUGAGUCGAUAUUGUAAAAAAAUUAGCUAAUUUGAAAGAGGGCCAAUUUUUAAGGGAAGUGAACCAGG